CGUGGGGCGGGCACUGACGUAAGGAGGCGGGGCCGCUGUUGCGAGCCUUGGCGGCUUGUGUGAGGCGGCCGGUUCCGGAGGAGGGCCCGGCUGGGCUGGUGGGUGGGGAGUGCGGCUGGGAACCUGGCCGCCGCGGAGAGAGAGAAGAUUAUAAAUGCCAGACCCACUUAAGCCAUGGUUAACUGUUGAAUUCCUAUGCUUUCUUGAAUACCUUCUUACACCAACAUCUUCAUUGGAAGGUCAGCAAAAGUAGCAGAGAGAAGGAGAGACAACGUUCACAUUUACCAUGGCUAUCCCAAUAACAGUGCUUGACUGUGACCUCUUGUUGUAUGGCCGAGGUCACCGGACAUUGGACCGCUUUAAGCUGGAUGAUGUGACUGAUGAAUACUUGAUGUCUAUGUAUGGGUUUCCUCGACAGUUUAUUUAUUAUUUGGUGGAUCUCUUGGGGGCAAGUCUAUCUAGACCUACUCAGCGAUCCAGGGCUAUUAGCCCAGAGACACAGAUCCUUGCAGCAUUGGGCUUUUAUACCUCAGGUUCCUUUCAGACUCGAAUGGGAGAUGCUAUUGGAAUCAGUCAAGCCUCUAUGAGUCGUUGCGUUGCCAAUGUCACCGAAGCACUUGUGGAAAGGGCCUCACAGUUCAUUCACUUUCCAGCUGAUGAAGCCUCCAUGCAGGCUCUGAAGGAUGAAUUCUAUGGGUUGUCAGGGAUGCCAGGGGUUAUAGGGGUGGUUGACUGUAUCCACGUGGCAAUCAAGGCACCAAAUGCUGAAGAUCUCUCCUAUGUGAACCGCAAAGGUCUGCAUUCUUUAAACUGCCUUAUGGUGUGUGACAUCAGAGGGGCACUAAUGACUGUGGAGACAAACUGGCCAGGUAGCCUACAGGACUAUGCUGUACUGCAACAGUCUUCUCUCAGUAGUCAGUUUGAAGCCGGAAUGUACAAAGAUAGCUGGUUUCUCGGUGACAGUUCCUUCUUUCUCCGCACCUGGCUCAUGACACCACUUCAUAUUCCUGAAACUCCAGCAGAAUAUCGCUAUAAUAUGGCCCAUUCUGCAACUCACAGUGUGAUUGAGAAGACUUUCCGAACCCUCUAUUCCCGGUUCCGCUGCCUGGAUGGAUCCAAGGGGGCACUACAGUAUUCACCAGAAAAGUCCAGCCACAUCAUCUUGGCUUGUUGUGUUCUCCACAACAUCUCUCUAGAGCACGGGAUGGAUGUUUGGUCCUCUCCAAUGAUAGGACCCAUGGAACAGCCCCCCGAGGAAGAGUAUGAACACAUGGAGUCCCUGGACUUAGAAGCUGAUCGUAUCCGUCAAGAGCUAAUGCUCACUCAUUUUAGCUAACAUGGAAGGUGGGAAGGAGGAAGAUUCACCGGAAGGAGCCGUGACAAACUAUUUAUUCUUACCACCUUCCACACAGGUUCCAUCAUCUAGCAUAACUGAGUGUAGAACACUUGUCAUAAAUUGACAUUUAAUCUGUGUGUUUUAGAAGAGUUAAGACUAUGCCAGAAUAUCUUGAUUCAUUUGCAAGUGUUUUAACUAAGCCAAAACCAAGA